UCCCGUCCCUGGGCCACAUGGCAGCUGCUGAUUAACCCAGACCUGCUCCGGACGGGAGUUAUUAAUGCCUGUAAUGUCUUCUGACAGCCCCAGCUAACAGGCCUCAAAGCAGGCAUCGAUCAAAACAAAUCAAGGGGACGCGGUUUUUCUCGUUCAGGGGCGCUCUCUGUUGGCCUUCAGUGAAGCAGAGUGCGGAGCCUGCCUGCUGCUCUCGGUGCUGGGUUGGGCGCGUUAAAUGCCACCACAGCCAAACCCGAGUUUGGGACAAGAGAAUCUGCCGCUUUUUCUGCAGAAAAAGGGGUUUAGAAGUCAUGGAUCAGUCUCUGGAGCAGGAGCCCGGCUCACAAGAGGGCAGCAUCCAACCAUUUUGUUUCAGACACCAUCAAUCCUCUGCUCCACAGCUGAAGAGAAAUGGCAAGAAAUUAAAAUAUGCGAAAGAAAGUUUUGUAGAACUGACAUCACCUCCAGCGCAGUCCGAUUAUUUUUGUUCACUCCGUCAAUGUUUGAAAAUACUUGAAAUAGGAAUUUCUAUCGCUUUGAUGCUGGAGAGCUCUUCAGCCCCUUUGUUCAUUGUCUUCAUCCUGCUUUUCAUUUUGCUGCUCUUUGUGGUGCUCAUCAGGAAAAACGGCACUGCCGCCCUUAUCUGGAAUGAAAUAAUCCGGGAGAAAGUCACCAAUUUCAUCAUGAACCAGAGCAAAGAACAGAGGAUUUUAAAUUUCGUGCUGCAGAACGCGGUGCGAGGAGACCCCCGGAGCGUGGUGGACACCAUAGACAAAUACUGCUCCCAGAAGGAGUGGGCCAUGAACGUGGGCAAUGAGAAAGGUUUGAUUUUAGACAAGACAGUGGAAGAGGUGAACCCCUCGGUUGCCCUGGAGCUGGGCUCGUACUGUGGCUACUCAGCAGUGAGGAUUGCCCGGCUCCUCAAGGCAGGGGCUCGUCUGCUCACUGUGGAGUUCAACCCAGAGUUUGCUGCCAUAGCCAGACAGAUGAUUGAGUUUGCUGGAGUACAAGACAAGGUUAAACUCCUAGAAGGCCCUUCACAGGAAAUUAUCCCCCAGCUGAAAAAAAAAUAUGAAGUAGAUACUUUGGAUUUUGUGUUCCUGGACCACUGGAAAGACAGAUACACACCAGACACCAUCCUGCUUCAGGAAUGCAACCUGCUGAGGAAGGGCUCAGUUCUCCUGGCUGACAAUGUCAUUUUCCCAGGAGCUCCAGAUUUCCUGACCUACGUCCGCAAGAGCCCCCAUUUCCAGUGCACUAACUAUCCAUCCCAUCUGGAAUACAUGCAAGUGGAAGAUGCUAUGGAAAAGGCUGUGUUUUUGGGAUAAAGAGAGCCAUUGAUACUCAACCUUUGUUUCAAAUGAUGUAAAUGCAGCUGCACAGGUUAACUUGUCCAUGCUCUAAUUUUUGGGGAGGGUUUUUUAAUUACUUUUAUUUUGAAGCCUGUAAUUAAAGCAAGUGCUAGUGGAGAUCUUUUUAGACUAGGUGGAAACCAAGACUGGGAGUGAGCAGGGUAACUGCUCUGUGCCAUUGUUCCACAUAAUUCAGCAAACCCAAGGUGAUGCACAUUGCCUUGCCUUGACCAAGACAUCAUCUAACAACAGAGUCUGUUAUUUUGAGCUCAAAGCUGAACAACCACAGUUUGGGCUUAGGGCAAGGUGGAGAAAUACACUGCAACUUCUGAAGACUUGUGUCCCCAAGCUGAACUCAUUAAUGGCUCUCAAGAGUAGAAAAAAGCAGGCAUGUUGCUAAAAAAGACCAUUUCAGGUGCCGUAAUUUUGCUCAGUUACUAUCAUGCCACCUUAAUGCAGUGAAGGUCCUAUAGUGAUAUCAGAUACUUUUUUGCAUAUUUACUGCAAAAGUUAAUAAUCUCUAUGUGAGAGAAAAGAGCACACACACUGAAAGAUGAAAGACCCAUGCAGUGAUGAGAAAAACAAAACAGAAUUUUGCAAAAUACAAACAAAUAAAAUUAUUAACCUGCCCAUGGAAAUGGAGGGAACACUGAAGUAGUAAACAGAUUAAAAUAAACACAGUAACAGACAGAGAACAAAAGGAGCAGACUCCUCCCAAAAGCAUACAAAACUGUGUAAUAUUUGACCUUGAGAAAAUGCUGUUUAUCUCCUCGUUAUACUGUAUAUACAUAGGAUGUGAUUUUUAGGGGCAGGGCAAGCUGCUUACUCUGAAGUGCUGUGUUAUGUUUAAGGCACUGUAUAAAAAUAAAGCCAAGAGAGAAUGGUUUCCCCAG